AUGUUCAAAUCUUUCAUUUUGAUUGCUUUCGUGGCAUCUGCUCUUUUUGCGGCUCCAGUUCCAGAGAAGGCCCCGGAAGAAUCUCGUGCCGAACUUCUCUCCUACGGUAUUUCUCCAGAAGCAGCCGAUGGUUUAAUUCGAAUUGAAACAAAAACUGAGCAAUCUGGAGUGAGACCAAAUAAUUCAGCUGGUAGUCCAUUAGAAGCAAUUAAUGGAUUUUUCAAAUAUUACCAAGAUGUUGAAUCAUUUAUGAAGACUCAAUCACCAGAAGAUCAAGAGGGCGUCAAGAGAAUUUUGAAGAAAAAGAAGGCGGAGUUAGAUGCGAAAAAUGGCGGGAAAUUAACAAUUUUUGAAUUUUUCGUAUUGAAAUUUGAAUUUGAAUGA